AUGAAAGAAAGAAAAUUUUCUAGACAAAAUUUAUCCGAUACAUCAAUUUUAAGCGUCGCAAAGUCCCUUAUAGAAGAAAUCCAAAACAAUAAAAAUUCUCCUCAAGCUCUAUUGAAAGAGCAAUAUUUUAUUCCUUUUAUUAAUGAACGAGAUGGCUGUGGGAGGUUACGAAAAUUCUUAGAUCCUCCUCCAAAAAGGGAAAGGCCACCAAUAAAGCCUAUAAUCUUUCUAAGAUUUCAUUAGCUUUCGUCCAGCCAAUUAUUCUCUUUUUUAAUCUAUAUUUUAUAUACUUUCUUAUAGUUAUUUAUCAGAAAUUCUAUACAAACACAAAUCAAUCUCAAAUAUUCAGCCGCAAAAAACUGAUUUCAAAACACACAAAAAUUUCUUCAGUCCCUCCAGUUGGGAUUUACUAUCAGCCAGAAUCCUGAAUUAAGCAGUCAUUCUCUCACAAGCCUUUAUUGCAAGUAUCUCUUACAUCUCCCAAGCUAAAUCUGUUCAGUGCAACGAUGGAAAAUACUUCUAUUGACUCAAACCUUAGACCUAGCAAAAGUUUUGCAGUAUCAAAAUCAUUUCCAAAUAUCAAAAAGACUAAAAAUACCCAAAAGCAGACCUUUCGAAGCCGCCCUGCAAGGAAAAAAGGUGUAUGAGAAUGCUUGCAGAUACAAACACAAAUAGACGAUUUAAGAGACCAGCCAAAUGAGCCUUCAUAUACUCUCCCUUAUCAUGAGCGAAUUUUAAGUAUAUUACGAGAUAUGAGAAAAAAUAGUUAA